GAAGAGUCUUGUUCGUGCUCCUCUUUCUUAUUUUUCCAUCCUCACCAUCCAUGGCCGAGAGCGCUCGGUAAAAGAUGGAAAACCUUGCUUCCCCACUUCUCCCCUCUUUGCUACUCCCCUUGCGGCGUCCUUCUACCGCUCUACGUCGCGGCGGCGGAGGGAAACACCCAAGACCAAGCCCCUGGCUGAGACGCCGAGCAGUGCAUCCCGACUAGUCGUCCCCGACCUCUCCAUCGGCUACAGCCCCGUGUCCUACAGCCGCUGCCGUUCCGUGUUUUUCGCAAUCGUCGUUCCCGUUAUUCCACAUCGUGUUCCUGCUGUCUCCACCCCGUCCGCAAUCAUUGGUUUUCAGGGAUGGGGAAGAAGCUGAAGACCAAGACCAAGAAAGUGCAGCAGCAGGAGCCGCUGGCCGAUGCUGAAUCCGGCGAUCUGGGGUUGCAGGAAGCGAGUAAGUCAACAGAGGAAGCGGCUGUGUCAGCCAGUGAUUGGGAGCAAUGCGGCCACUACAGCCGGGACAAUCCCCACUUGGACAAGGUUCUCCUGGAUUUCAUGUCUUCCAAGCAUGUAGCGUCGUGUGAGCAUUGCCGAGAUGAUGGCCCACGGAAGAAAGGCGGUAAGCAACAGAAGAAGAAAGGAGGUGGAGGUGCUGCCAAGACGCAGGCUAAGGUGGAGAAGAGUGAUAUGUGGAUCUGCUUGGACUGCGGUCGGCAUUUCUGUGGUGGUGCGGUGUCUGAGACCAAGCCAUACGGCCAUGCCAGAAGGCAUGCCAAGCAGGACCGGCAUUGGUGGGCUGCACGGUAUGAUGAACCAACUGUUGCAUAUUGCUUGUCAUGUGAAAAUAAGGUGUCUAUUGAGAUGCCUAUAGUAGAGUCAGUUGUGGCUGCGCCAGCCGAUGAUAAGGUGUUUGGUGCAGUAGAUAGCAAUGCAUUGGUUUUGGCUAAUUGCCAUGGUAAUGUGAUUAAAGGGCUGCCAAAUCUUGGAAAUACAUGCUUCUUCAAUGCAGUGCUGCAGAGCCUCCUUGCACUUGAUAGGUUGCGCAGCAAGAUGUCAGGACCGGACGUUCCAACAGGAGCCCUUACUAUGUCACUAAAGAAGCUCUUUGUGGAAACGAGUGCUUCAAAUGAUGCAGGAGGUGCACUGAGUCCGAAGAGCCUCUUCUCAAGUAUUUGCUCAAAGUAUCCACAGUUUAGAGGCUACCAGAUGCAGGACAGCCAUGAGUUACUCCGCUGUUUUCUUGAUGGCUUACGCACGGAGGAAACUGAAGCACGGAAGCUACUGGAGGAGGCUUCCAGUUCAGGGGUUACUACAAUUGUCGACUCCAUCUUUGGGGGUCAGCUGUCUAGUACUGUGUCGAGCACAGAAUGCACACAUGGCUCUGUUAAAUAUGACCAAUUCCUUGAUCUAUCACUACCUGUUCCAUCAAGGAGGCCUCCAUCCAAGAGUGUUUCAUCACCACCAGCCAAGAGAACGAAUCAGUCCAUACGAGAUAGGAACAGAAAUCGCAGAUAUGGGAAGAUUACCACCACCAGAGCAUCUCCUACAGUAGUGGAGAAUAGCAAAGAAAGAGUCGAAACAGUCGCUGAAUGCAAUGAUUCUCAGAUUCUGGGUUCAGAACUGGGACAGGUUGUCAAUGAGAAAGAGCCUGAGCCCUCUGAGGGCAGUGAGUCAUGUGCUUCUGUUUCCAACCAAGAACUGAAGGCUGCUUCAUAUGUGGAGGAUGACAUUUCCUGGUUAGAUUUUGUUGCUGAUGCAGAUGAAACAAGGUCUGAGAUUCUUGAUUCUGUGUGUUUUACUGAAGCAGGACAGAUCUGUGACAGCAAUGGUGCGACACAUGGUUCAUAUGACUCUCGAGAUGAUGCUUUGCCCAAAGAGCAGGUCUUGAGUUCUGAGCACUCAUGUGAGAACAUUGUUGAUGAUGCAGCUUGUUUACAGCCUGUUAUCUUGCUUCCUUACAAAGAAUUGUGUACCACAGCCAACGAAAUUUAUGAAAGCUCACAGAAUCCAAAAGAUGUUGGUCCUGCUCCAGACAUUUCUCCAGUAACAGAAAAUAAUGCACAUCCUUUAUCUGGUGGAAAUGGAGAACAAGAUGACUAUAUUGGUCUUGGUGAUAUGUUCAAUGAGCCUGAAGUAACUUCUGAAGCUAAGGAAGAAACUACAGCUGGAGAUAUUGAUGUGAUGGCUUGGAGUAGCAACAGUGCUGAUGAUGAGGUGGAUGUUAGUAAUGCUCCCGUAUCAGUUGAGGGCUGCUUGGCUUUGUAUACUGAGCCAGAGCUGCUAUCUGAAUCGUGGCAUUGUGAGCACUGUUCCAGCACUGCUGCACGCCCAAAUACCAAUGAAGGGAAAGGGGGCGACAAGAUGGUCGCUAGUGCUAAUGACAGAAAGGACAGUGAGAAAAUCAUGGCAAGUGGCGAUGCAAGACAAGGUGGUGACAAGGUUAUGAUGAACUGCAGCAAAAAGGAGGAUAUUGAUCAGAUUAUGACAACUGAUUGUUGCUCUGACAAUGUAGACCCUGACUUGUGCUGUAACAAAGUGGGGUGUGCAAAUCCUGAUGCUGAAAACACCUCUAAUGGUAAUUCUCCAGACACUGGAAAUGCUACUUUACUGAAUACAGGGUUAAUCGUUGAACAGCCAGACAGUAAACAUGAUGGGAAUACCGCGGAUAUAGCUGCUCAAGAAGCAAGUGCACCAGUGAGUUGUGGUGAUAAUGACUCUCCCUCUUGCAGUACUACUAUCGACAGAAUGGUUGAGUCUGGUGCCAAUGCUGAAGAAGUUGUCACUAGUAGCCUUUCAUCGCAGACACAGAGCAUCUUACUGAGUGCGAAAGAUAAUGAAGAUGUCACCACGAGGAAUAUGGGCAGGGGGAAGCGAGUGAAGAUGGUUGGUAAGGCACACAAAGGGCAGGAUAACCAAAAUAAACAGAAAGAGGAUGAAACAAAAGUUUUCAGAGCUGCAAUGAGAAGAAUUCUUAUCAGCAAAGCACCACCUGUAUUGACGAUUACUUUGAACAGAUUCAGCCAAGACUCCCACGGUCGAUUCAAGAAAUUGAAAGGGCAUGUGUGCUUUAAGGAGACGCUCGAUGUCCGGCCGUUCAUACACCCAAGAUCUAAGGAGAACGACAAUACCACUUAUCGCCUAGUUGCUGUUGUCGAGCACAUGGGAACCAUGACAGGAGGGCAUUAUGUUGCAUAUGUAAGAUCUGGCAAGAUUGGGGGUCGGCAGCAGCAGAGGCGUGCCUCCAAGUCUUGGUUUUAUGCAAGCGAUGCACAAGUCAGAGAAGCCUCUCUGGAGGAGGUUCUUAACUGUGAGGCUUACAUUCUUUUUUACGAAAGGGUGGUUGAGUAAGAUAAUUUGUCUGGUGCCUACUCAUGGAGCAGUGAGUAUUAGGACAAGAUCGACGGCAAGCAGACGGUGAGAAACAACAAUUUUUUGGACAGGGAGUGUGGCUCAAUGAUUCUACAUACUGCUAUCAACCAAGUCUAUUAUGUUUGUUCGAUCAAGUCACUCCAUGGUUCCAGUUGGCUUCAGUGCUUUAUGCUUGGUUUCAGUUGAAGAGAAGUUUGCAACUGGACUAGAACAGCUAAUCUGUUAAUGCUGCCUACAGUAAUUUUUUGGGUUCUUUUUUAGAGCAUAGUUGGAGGUGCUGAGAAUGAGAUUGUUCAAAAUAUCGGCGAAUAGUUCAUACAGAUCUUGACAAGGGGCUUUAUUGAGCGUUGUCAGUUGUUAUUGUUCCACAAUCAUCAUGAAAGAUACAUUUUUUUGGUAUUUUGGGGGGUGCCCCUAAAUUUUGAGUGAUGAGGGCGUAUACUGUAAAAUACAGACCGUCAUUGGAGGUGAUAAUGAUUCUCUUUUCAGAUUUU